AUGUACAAAAUUGUAUUUAGAAGUAACAAGUAUUUAUCGAAAUAUGUUAAUUUUGAUAGUGUGAAAUGCUUGAGUGCAGGACCUCCUAGGCCGGAAGGUCCUUUAUUUCCACAUAAAGAUGAAUUUCCCUCCAGACAUAUUGGCCCUAGAGAAAGUGAUGUUAUAAAUAUGUUGGAUAUUUUAGGAUUUAAGAGCUUGGACGAACUCACUGAAAAAGCGGUUCCUAAGAGAAUAAGAUUGAAUAGACCAUUAGAUAUCGAAGAACCCAAUAGCGAGUAUGAACUGAUAAACAGAAUCAGAGAAAUAGCAGAGAAAAAUAAGAUCUGGAGAUCUUACAUCGGGAUGGGAUAUCAUAACUGCUGUGUCCCACACACCAUAAUGCGAAACAUUUUCGAAAAUCCUGGUUGGACAACACAGUAUACACCAUAUCAACCAGAGGUGGCUCAAGGUCGUUUGGAAGGCCUCCUGAACUACCAAACCAUGGUCAGCGAACUAACUGGUCUAGAAGUAGCCAAUGCUUCUCUUCUAGAUGAGGCCACUGCUGCAGCUGAAGCGCUAUCUUUAUGCUACAGACAAAAUAAGCGAAGACGACUGCUAGUAUCGCAUUUGCUACAUCCCCAGACCAUAUCUGUGAUAGAAACUAGAUGUCAAUCGCUUGGACUCACUGUGGAAACUGUCGAUGUUUUCGAAGCCGAUUUUUCUAAUAGAGAUGUAGCAGGAGUAUUGUUUCAGUAUCCAGAUACUGAAGGCAAUGUUCAGGAUUUCAGCGCUUUAGCAGAUGAUGCCCAUUCAAAUGGUACACUGGUCUGUGUUGCAACAGAUCUCUUGAGUUUAACUCUUCUUCGUCCUCCUAGUGAAUUUGGAGCAGACAUAGCAAUAGGAACCUCUCAAAGGCUGGGAGUUCCUCUAGGAUAUGGUGGCCCGCAUGCUGGAUUCUUUGCUUGCAAUCAGUCAUUAGUGAGGCUGAUGCCUGGUAGAAUGAUAGGAGUCACAAGAGAUGCUGCAGGUAGAGAUGGAUACCGCCUAGCACUUCAAACCAGGGAACAACACAUAAGAAGAGACAAGGCAACAAGUAAUAUCUGUACAGCCCAAGCUUUGUUAGCUAACAUGGCUGCAAUGUUUGCUGUGUACCAUGGACCACAAGGUCUGAAAGACAUUGCUACCAAAGUACAUAAUCUGACAUUGGUUUUACACCAUGGUUUGCAACAAGAUGGCAACGUUAUACCCAAUCAAUGCUUCUUUGAUACCCUGAAAAUAUAUCCAAAACUAGAAAUAGAAGAAAUCAGGGCAAGAGCUUUCGAAAAGGAAAUAAAUAUACGAUAUUUUGGUGAUGAGGCAGUUGGAGUAGCAUUAGAUGAAACUGUGACCUUCAACGACGUGAAUGACAUAUUCUACAUCUUCGGCAGCAUGCAGAAGAUAGAAAAUCUCGUUGAAAAUCCAAUGGUUAGAGAAAAAUCUAUCACUCGAAGUGAAUUCAAAAGAACAUCCCCAUUUUUAACUCACCCGGUAUUCAAUUCCCAUCAUUCCGAAACUAGGAUAGUGAGGUACAUGAAAUGGCUUGAGAACAAAGAUGUCUCCUUGGUCCAUAGUAUGAUACCUCUUGGUUCCUGUACCAUGAAAUUAAAUUCAACUACUGAGAUGAUGCCUUGUUCUUUCAAACAUUUCACCGAUAUCCAUCCAUUUGCUCCCGUUGAACAAGUACAGGGCUACCACCAACUAUUUGCUGAACUAGAAAAAGACUUAUGCACCAUCACAGGUUACGAUAAUAUAAGCUUCCAACCUAAUAGUGGAGCUCAAGGAGAAUUCGCAGGCCUGAGAGCCAUACAAUGUUACCACGAAGCCAAAGGCGAAAAGCACAGGGAAGUCUGUCUUAUACCAGUGAGUGCCCAUGGUACGAACCCAGCUAGUGCCCAGAUGGCUGGAAUGCAAGUAGAACCGGUAAAAGUUAGACAAGAUGGCACCAUAGACGUUGAUGAUCUUAAAACCAAAGCAGAAAAGUUCAGAGACAAGCUUUCAUGUUUAAUGAUCACUUAUCCUUCAACUAAUGGAGUAUUUGAAGAAACCAUUGGUGAUAUUUGCGAUAUAAUUCAUGAGAACGGUGGCCAGGUGUAUCUAGAUGGUGCUAACAUGAAUGCUCAAGUAGGGCUGUGUAGACCAGGUGAUUAUGGGAGUGAUGUUUCUCAUUUGAACCUCCACAAAACAUUCUGUAUUCCCCAUGGAGGUGGUGGUCCGGGUAUGGGUCCUAUUGGAGUCAAGUCUCAUUUAGCUCCAUUUCUACCUGGACAUCCAGUUGUCAACCCACUAGGUGCAAAUUCUACUUCUUUUGAGGUUGUCAGUGCAGCACCUUUUGGUUCGAGUGCUAUCCUUCCUAUUUCUUGGGCUUACAUCAAAAUGAUGGGACCAAGAGGACUAAGGAAAGCAACCCAAGUGGCUAUAUUGAAUGCUAAUUAUAUGUCCAAAGUAUUAGAGCCCUACUAUGAUACAUUGUUCAGGAGUUCUACUUCCAACCUAGUCGCACAUGAGUUUAUCAUAGACACUAGGGGGUUCAAGAAGACCGCGAAUCUAGAGGCAGCUGAUAUUGCUAAGAGACUCAUGGACUAUGGAUUUCAUGCCCCUACGAUGAGUUGGCCGGUAGCUGGUACCUUGAUGAUCGAACCCACAGAGUCCGAAGACAAACAAGAACUUGACAGAUUUUGUGGAGCACUGAUUUCAAUCAGAGAGGAGAUAAGGGACAUUGAAGAAGGCAGGUCUGACGUUAGGAUAAAUCCUCUGAAGAUGGCUCCGCAUACUCAAGAGCAAGUGAUAAGUAGUUCGUGGGAGAGGCCUUAUACAAGAGAGCAGGCUGCGUUUCCUGCACCGUUUGUCAAGCCUGAGAAUAAGGUAUGGCCAACAGUAGCAAGGAUUGAUGAUAUUUAUGGUGAUAAACAUUUGGUUUGCACAUGUCCUCCCAUAUUGGAUGAACUGAUAAUUGGUCAGUGA